AUGACUCGCAUCUUUGACGACUUAAUUCACAAUCAAGUUGAGUGCCACAUUGACGAUUUAGUUGUCAAGAGCAAGGUCAAAGAGGCUCACCUAUAUGACUUAAGAGUUGUAUUUGAAUGGUUGCGCCGCUAUGAUUUGAAAAUGAACCCCUUGAAAUGUGCCUUUGGCGUCACUUCAGGGAAAUUCUUAGGAUUUGUAGUGAGGCACCAAGGCAUUGAGAUCGACCCUGCUAAAAUUGAAGCCAUCUUAGAUAUGCCAUCCCCUAAGAGCCUUACUCAAUUAAGGUCUCUACAAGGAAGAUUGGCAUAUAUAAGAAGGUUUAUUUCUAACCUUUUCGGAAAAUGUCAACCCUUUUUUGUCCUUACGAAAAAAGACACUAAAUUCGUAUGGGACGAGAAGUGUCAGAAUGCUUUUGACAAUAUCAAGCAAUACCUGUCUAACCCACCAGUUCUGGCAGCCCCUUUUCCAGGGAAGCCAUUAAUUCUUUACACUGCUUCCUUAGACGAGUCUUUAGGUGCUCUGCUAGCUCAAGUCAACAAGGAAGGGAAAGAGAAUGCUCUCUAUUACCUUAGUCAAAGACUUCUUCCUACUGAAAUUCGAUACCCUUCAAUUGAAAAGCAUUGUCUCGCUUUAGUUUUUGCGGCCCAAAAACUAAGGCAUUACAUGCUCUCCCACUCAAUCAGUUUGAUUUCAAAAAUUACUUUUACUCCCCUCCGUUCUGUAAAAGGGCAGGCUGUCGCCGACUUUCUGGCAUCACACCCGCUGCCGGCAGAUUCUCCUUUGAACGAUGAUUUACCCGAUGAACAAAUCAUGAGUUUGAGGGAAUCUGAAGAAGCCAUCUGGGAACUAUAUUUUGAUGGUGCAGCAUCCUCUCGUGGGAAUGCCACCCAACAAUCUACAAUUCCUAGAAAGGCCGGGGCUGAAUAUGAAGCUCUGAUAACUGGUUUGGAAAUUACAAUUUUAAUGGAAAUUAAAGUGAUUAAGAUCUUUGGCGACUCUCAACUGGUGAUUAACCAAGUUGCAGGAACCUACAAGGUCUUAAAUCCUAAUCUCCUGAAAUUUUACCAGUACACACUUCACCUGCUUGAACAAAUUCCUACUGUUACUCUGUAUAGGGUUCCCCGUGGAAGCAAUUCUGCGGCCGAUGCCUUAGUAAAGCUUGCAAACGAAUUUGCAUGUCCUGAGGAAGAUUCCACCCCUAUAGAGAUCCAGGGCCGCAAAACCCUUUCUCCUAUAGAUUUGGAACACAUCAGUAAGAAUCCCUUCCAAGUCCUUUUUGCCUCUUCAACGACUGAUGAGGAAGGCGAUUGGAGACAACCUUUAAUUGACUACCUUCGAGAAGGGAAACUUCUCCAGCAUAAAUCUCUUUCCAAUCAAGUUGAGAAAUGUGCCCUAUCUUAUGCACUAGUUAACAACUUACUGUAA